GUGCCCCAGAAAAUGUUUCUGUUGUCCUCGAAAUAAAUCAACCGAAUCGUCAAUUAAUGGCCCCUAAUAAUGAACGAUAGUACUUUUCCAUCUUCUUGACUCAAGACACAAUCACGCUUUAAAAUUUUUUUAUGUGUUGCCAACUCGGAAUUCGUGUAAGAGUUUCCAAGUACUACCUAAGUUGAAAAAAAUGGAUUUCGAAGAAAAUUCUACAUCAACACCUCCAGAUGUGGCAAAUGUUAAGAGAGAAUCUUUGAGUUUGCUACCCGAGAAGAGCAGAAGCCUUUAUGAAAAAACAUACUCGGAAUUCAUAGUGUGGUGUGAAAAGAAGAAUGUAACAAAUUAUACUGAGUCGGUGAUGCUGGAAUACUUUACAAAUAUUGCCAAAAAGGGACUGAUAGCGAGUUUGUGGCCAAAAUAUUCAAUGCUUAAGGCAACCUUGAGUGUAAAGAACAAUAUCGAUAUCAGCGGAUACAACAAGUUGAUAAUGUUUUUCAAGCAACAAAAAGAGGGAUAUAACCCGAAGAAAUCGAAAGUUCUUGAAAAAGAACACAUAAAAGAAUUCAUUACGAAUGCCCCCGACAAUAUGUUCCUAAUGAUGAAGGUAGCAUUGAUUUUUGGAGUUGCGGGAGCAUUGAGGAAGGAUGAACUAUAUAGGUUACGCAAGAAUGAUGUUCAAGAUAUCGGUACGAAAUUUUUAGUUACAGUGCAGUCGUCUAGAUCACAUUCAAACAGAAUUUUUACUGUUGUAGACAAUGAUGAGCAUACUGUAUUAGUUUUAAUCAGGAGAUAUAUUUCCUUACGUCUAGCCAACACUCCACACGAUAAAUUUUUUGUUUUUUAUAGGAACGAUAAAUGUACGGUACAGCCAGUAGGCUCGAAUACAUUCGCCAAAUUGCCUUCUAUAAUCGCGGAUUUUCUCAAAUUAGAGCAACCGUUGCUUUAUACCGGCCAUUGCUUUAGACGUUCUUCGGCCUCUAUUCAUUCCGACAGUGGUUCAGAGUUUUCAACCAUCAAACACCUUGGUGGUCGGAAAUCUACUACUGUCGCUGAAAAUAUUUCUCGUGAAAGUUGUAUGGAAGUUUCUGACGUUAAUGCUUCAAUCAGUUCUACGCAUUCGUUAACGAAUAUCGUUGGUAACACCAUAAAUCUUAAUUUGAAGACUGAAUCUGACGAGUCUGGUAUUCCAUCUGUUCCUUCUUUGAAUUUUUCAAACUGUUCCAUCGGCAACAUAAAUAUCAAGUUGUCGAAAUGAUCAUAGAAUUUUGAUCAUAUGUCAAAGUUGCAAUUUUUUCAAAAUGUCACUGUUAGAUUUAUAAUUUGGUGAAUCUAUCUUGUUCUCAGGCAGAAAUGUGUAUCUUUUGUGAAUAUUGUUUUUAUUCAGGCCUUGUUCAUUUUUGAAUGAUUCCUGACAUUCUUGAACGAUGUGAAUUUUUUUUUUUGAAUCUGUUUUAUUAUGUUUUUAAAUUUCAAUCACUGUAGGUGCUGGCAUAUUCAUCAUUUUUGUGCCUCAGCUGCAGAUUGCUUCAAAUUUAAAAAGUUAAUCUGUGAAUGAGCUUUCAUUGGCAUAGGGCUUGAGAUUUUCCACCUAAUAAAGAUAUGUGAUACUGAUAAUAGGGCUUUAAAGUUUAUUUUUUUACUAGAUGUCCAAACUGACGAUAUGACGUUUGACACCUGACAGUUAAAACUUUUAACCGUAAUCUGGUGGUGGCAUCUAAUGAAAAGUUUAAAUUAUCACUUCUCAUGUUAAUGUUUUUGAUUGUUACGAUCCUUUAUCCAAAUUUUAUGGAUAUUCUAAGAUAUUCUGUUAUCAAUUAGAAAAAUAAAUAACCAAAGAAUUUUAUUC